AUUUGAAUGCAACGCGUAACCUAAUAUAACACUUUUAUGAUGAUGCAAAACAAACCUCAACCGCGAUUAUUCAACGUAAAUAAAAUACCUGGUCAGCCGAAAAGACGAAAGAAAAUUACUAUCGUUUUCGACGAGAAGAAACGACGAGAAUUCUUGGGAGGUUUCCGUAAGAGAAAGCUGGAACGAAAGAAGAAAGCUCAGGAGCAGUUGCAGCAACAAUUGAAAGAGGAGCGAAAAAAGAUUAAGCAAGAGGCACGAGAACAUUACAAGAAAUUAGUAUCGCAGCGUGAUAUCCCGGAACUGGAAGAGCUGUUAUCUCGAAAAGAAUAUGAUUUGGAGGGUCACACAGUCAGUAUCUUAGAACUGAACGUUGCGGAUCUUACAAAAGAAAAUAGAUGGAUAGGUGAGAACAAAGUUGCAGAGGAGGAAGAAGAAGAACAAGAUGAAGAAGACAAACAUUCAGAUAAUGAAAAUGACAAAAUUGUUGGGAUGUCAUUGCGAGAAAAGUCGGAGAAUUCCCAGCACGAAACUAAGUCAAUUGAACGAGAGAUAAAAUCUUCGAAGGAAGUUAAACGGGAAAUAAAGAAAGCAGCAUUGAAGCAUGUUAAGAAGAGCAAGGUUUUCCAACAAAAGCAGAAGAUGGAGCAAAUAAAAAACAGGAAGCAAAGUAGACGGAAAUUGCGCAGAACCCAGAAGGUAGCAUGCAAACGCAAUAAACGGAUAGAAAGGAGAUCGGAGCGUUAGAAUAAACUAAUUAUUUGUAUAAGUCGGUUACGAAUAAAUAUAUUUUUAGAGAA